AUGACAACAGACGAGGCGGAGAGCCACCAGAAGAAGCCAAGGCCGCAGGAGGAAGCAGGCCAGGACACCAGGCCACCCUCACCGGAGGAGGAGCAGCUGCGGCCUCGCAACCGCAACUCUGCCAGCCGCGGCCUCUCCCGCCUCUUCUCCUCCUUCCUGAAGAGGCGCUCACAGUGUGAUAGUGAGGCGGGGGAGAAGGAGGACAAGCAAGAAGAAGAAGAAGCUAAAGCCCCCAUCGCUGACCCUGAACCUGAACUGAGGACAGAGGGAGAGGUCGCCCUGGAUCAGCACUCAGUAAACAGUGCUGAGGCUCAGGCUGUCCAGGUAGAGAAGAAAGAAGCCGAGGCAGAGGAGGAGGAGGGUGGAAAGGACAAAGAAAACGAUAAAGAGAAAGGAGAGAAGGCUGCCCUGGAGAACGAAGAGGACAAAGACAGGGAGGAGGAGAAGGAGUCUGAUCCUGAAGGAGGCAGUAAGGGAGAGAACGAGGAGAAGGCAACAGAGGAGGAGGCCAAAGCUCCCAGAGCUCCACGCCGACCCAAGACCAUGCAGAUCAAAAUCACUCUGCUCGAUGACGCUCUGUAUGAGUGUGAGCUGGAUAAACAUGCCACAGGCCAGGAGCUGUUCAUGAAGGUGUGUGACCAUCUCAACCUGCUGGAGAAAGACUACUAUGGCCUUGUCAUCUGGGACACGCCUACCAUGAGGACUUGGAUGGACCUGGCCAAGGAGAUCCGCAGGCAGGUACAAGGUGCCGACUACAAUUUCACUUUCAAUGUGAAAUUCUAUCCACCGGACCCAGCCCAACUUUCUGAAGACAUAACAAGGUACUACCUGUGUCUCCAGCUGCGGAAGGACAUCCUUCAGGGUCGCCUUCCAUGCUCAUUCGUGACGCUGGCCCUUCUGGGCUCCUACGCGCUGCAAUCAGAGCUGGGCGAGUAUGACCCUGAGGUGCAUGGCAGUGAAUAUGCAAAGGAAAUGAAAAUGGCUCAGGGUCAGACCAAGGAGCUUGAGGACAAAAUGAUGGAGCUCCACCACACAUACAGGAUAAUGAGUCCAGCCCAGGCAGACCUGAUGUUCCUGGAGAAUGCCAAGAAAUUGUCUAUGUACGGAGUGGACCUCCACCAGGCCAAGGAUCUGGAUGGAGUUGACAUCAUGUUGGGGGUUUGCUCCAGUGGUCUGAUGGUUUACAAAGACAAACUGAGGAUCAACCGUUUCCCUUGGCCCAAAGUCCUCAAAGUCUCAUACAAACGCAGCAGCUUCUUCAUCAAAAUAAGACCAUCAGAGGUGGAACAGUAUGAGAGUGCAAUUGGUUUCAAACUGCCCAAUUACAAGGCAGCCAAGAAAAUGUGGAAAGUGUGUGUGGAGCAUCACACCUUCUUCAGGCUUACCUCCAGUGAGAUGGUCACCACCCCUAGGAAGUUCCUGGCACUGGGCUCCAAGUUUCGCUACAGUGGUCGGACUCAAGCUCAGACCAGACAGGCAAGCUCUCUGAUUGACAGACCAGCUCCUCUGUUCCAGCGUUCAUCGAGCAAGAGGAACUCGCGCAGCCUGGAUGGAGCCAUGGCGUCCACUCCCGACAACAAAUCCACUCGCCCGGUCAGCGCCCCUGUUAUGUCACCGGUGUCCCUGGGGGAGGCAUCCCCGUCUCCGCUGCUGCCCACCCUGCAUCGCUCUGUCCACCACGGUGGCUACGCUCCUAAAAGUCACCGCUCUGCAGACAGGAAGGCAGAGAUGAAGAGGGAAAGUCAGUCAGCUGAGUAUACCAGGAGCCACAGCCCCAGACCAGAGUCCACUCCGGAGAUCAAGACAGUGGCCAGGAGAGAGCGGAGGCACUCCCCCUCUGUGACCACCGCCAAUGGAGAAAGAGAGAACAAGAGCCAGCACUCUCCUCAGGACAAAACAAAGGCGGAGGUGGUGCGAGUGAGGAAGAAAAGAGCAAAGAAACUUGAGGGUGAAACUAUUUAUAUCAGACAUAGCAAUUUAAUGUUGGAGGACGUGGAUAAGACCCAGACUGGAAUCAUGCGUCAUCACACUAGCAUUAGUGAGCUGAAAAGGAGUUUCAUGGAGUCAGUGCCGGAGCCUCGUCCCAGUGAGUGGGACAAGCGUCUUUCCACCAACUCACCUUUCCGCACGGCGAGCAUCAAUGGCCAGCUCCUACCAGCGUCUCCUGUGCUAAAGACCCAGACAAUCACCAUCUCAGAUGUCACCAACUCCCUGAGAGGAACCGUGACCUACAAGGACGUGCCCUUAGUUCACACUGAGACCAAGACCAUUACAUAUGAGUCAGCACAGCCAGUGGACAGCCUGGCAGAGAGGGACUCAGGGGUGCUGCUGAGUGCCCAAACCAUCACCUCCGAGACCAUCAGCACCACCACCACCACCCAAAUCACCAAGACGGUGAAAGGAGGGAUGUCUGAAACUCGCAUUGAGAAGAGAAUCGUCAUCACUGGAGACACUGAAAUUGAUCAUGACAAGGCUUUGGCUCAAGCCAUUAAAGAGGCAAAAGAACAGCACCCAGAUAUGUCCGUUACCAAAGUGGUUGUGCACCAGGAAACAGAGAUCACCCCAGAGUAA